UGCAUUCCGCUUCAUUCAUGCUGAGAAGCAGCAGUAGAUAAGAUACAGUGUAUCAGGGAGCGAGUACACCGAUAAGGAAAAGAAAUAUCCACGAGUUUGGGAAUGUAAUUAUGGCAAGGAUAACCAAUUCAGGAUCAGUUUUAAUCGUGGUAAUCCUGAAAUGUUCUGCAGUUCUUGGGGAUGGUACAAGGCAUGCUCUUUCGGGGGCUGAAGUCCAGGAAUGCAGUUUUCAGUACAGUAUCUUCAUUUUGCCACUGCAGAUGAUGCGAUAGAUAACAGACAAAGAGAAGAGGACAUUGGAUCAAUAAGUUAUUUAUUUAAUUUAAAAUUAAGAACCAGAAGGGAGAGAAUUGCUCACCCAGAAGACGCCCAGAAAAAUGAAAAUACUUUUUGACAAAAAUCCCUGCCCAUUCUCUUACCUGUGGAGCCUUUUAAUUUUAGGGGUGAUAGCCUCAGCAGUGGCAGAGGGAACCCCAUCAGUUUUCAAAACAUUCUUCACUCAAGACUGGGGCCUGACACACUUGGUGAUCCACAAUAAAACUGGGGAAGUCUAUAUAGGAGCAGUCAACAGGAUUCAUAAGCUUUCGGACAACCUCACUCUCUUGAGAACUCACAUGACUGGCCCAGUAGAUGACAAUGAGAAGUGCUACCCUCCUCCCAGUGUCCAGUCGUGUCCCCAUGGCUUGGUAGUCACCAACAAUGUCAACAAACUCUUACUAGUGGACUAUACUCAGAAUCGCAUAAUUGCAUGUGGUAGCGCCUCUCAGGGAAUCUGCCAGUUUCUGCGGUUGGACGACCUCUUCAAGCUUGGGGAGCCCCACCACCGCAAGGAACACUACCUCUCCAGCGUCAAUGAGUCUGGCACCAUGUCUGGCGUUAUCAUCAGUGGACCCAAUGAGCUCAAGCUGUUCAUUGGGACCCCCAUUGAUGGCAAGUCGGAGUACUUCCCUACACUCUCCAGCCGGAAGCUCAAGGUCAAUGAGGAAGAUGCUGAGAUGUUCAGCUUCGUCUACCAGGAUGAAUUUGUGUCCUCCCAGCUCAAGAUCCCCUCUGACACCCUUUCCAAGUUUCCAGCAUUUGAUAUCUACUACAUCUACAGUUUCAGCAGUGAGCAGUUUGUGUAUUACCUCACCCUCCAGCUGGACACCCAGCUGACUUCUCCAGACGCUAGCGGGGAACAAUUUUUCACCUCCAAGAUUGUUCGCCUAUGUGUGGACGACCCCAAGUUUUACUCCUACGUGGAGUUCCCCAUUGGUUGCAAGAAGGACGGAGUGGAAUAUUUUCUUAUCCAAGAUGCCUAUCUUAGCAAGCCCGGAAAGCACUUAGCUAGGUCACUGGGGAUCUCGGAGAAAGAGGACAUCUUGUUCACGGUCUUCUCGCAGGGUCAAAAGAACCGUGCCAAGCCACCCAAGGAGUCGGCUAUGUGCCUCUUCACCUUGCGCAAAAUCAAGGAAAAAAUCAAGGAGAGGAUUCAGUCCUGUUACAGAGGAGAAGGCAAGCUGUCCCUGCCCUGGCUGCUGAACAAGGAGCUAGCCUGCAUCAACUCGCCCUUACAGAUUGAUGACAAUUUCUGUGGGCAGGAUUUUAAUCAGCCACUGGGUGGGACAAGCACCAUUGAAGGAAUACCCUUGUUUAUUGACAAAGAAGAUGGAAUGACUUCAGUGGCAGCUUAUGACUACAGAGGAAACACUGUCGCCUUUGCAGGGACCAGGAGUGGGAAAAUGAAAAAGAUUCUGGUAAACUCUGUGAACCAGGCCCAGCCCGCUUUGCUGUAUGAGAACGUGGAGGUUAGCGAGGGGAACCCAAUCCUGCGAGACCUCGUCUUCAGCCCGGACUAUCAGAACAUCUACACCAUGACGGAGAAGCAGGUGAGCCGAGUCCCAGUGGAAAGUUGUGAGCAGUACAGGAGCUGUGGCGCUUGCCUGGGCUCUAAAGAUCCUCACUGUGGCUGGUGUGUCCUUCAUAAUAUCUGCUCCCGCAAGGAUAAAUGUGAGCGCGCAGACGAGCCCCAGCGCUUCGCCUUGGACCUGCACCAGUGUGUGCAGCUGAGUAUCCAACCACAGAACAUCUCCGUCACCAUGUCUGAGGUCCAGCUGGUGCUACAGGCACGCAAUGUACCUGACCUAACAUCUGGGGUCAACUGCUCCUUUGAGGAUUUGACGGAGAGUGAGGGGAGAAUCGAGAACGGGAACAUCUACUGUCUCUCUCCCUCAGCAAAAGAUGUCAUCCCCAUUACGAGGGGCCAAGGACAUAAACGAACAGUCAAACUGUACCUCAAAUCCAAAGAGACUGGGAAGAAGUUUGCAAGCGUCGACUUUGUGUUCUACAACUGCAGCGUUCACCAGUCUUGCCUAUCUUGUGUUAAUGGAUCUUUCCCCUGCCACUGGUGCAAGUACCGUCACAUGUGUACCCAGAAUGCAGCAGACUGUUCAUUCCAAGAGGGUCGUGUCAAUGUGUCCGAGGACUGUCCCCAGAUCCUCCCUUCCACCCAGAUCUACAUCCCAGUGGGGGUUGUGAAACCCAUCACCCUGGCUGCAAAGAACCUCCCCCAGCCCCAGUCCGGCCAGAGGAACUACGAGUGCAUCUUCCAUAUCCAGGGCGCCGUGAUCAGCGUCACCGCUCUGCGCUUCAACAGCUCCAGCAUCCAGUGUCAGAACACCCAGUAUUUCUAUGAAGGAAAUGACAUCAGCGACCUUCCUGUUGACCUCUCUGUGGUGUGGAAUGGAAACUUUGUCAUUGACAAUCCCCAAAAUAUUCAAGCCCACCUGUACAAAUGCACUGCCCUGCGGGAGAGCUGCGGCCUGUGUCUCAAAGCCGACCCACGCUUUGAAUGCGGCUGGUGCGUUCAGGAGAAGAAGUGCUCCCUGCGGCAAAACUGCCUCCCCCAAGAAAGCAGCUGGAUGCAUGCCAAUGCUGGGAACAACAGGUGCAUCAAUCCCAGAAUCACCAAGCUGUUUCCAGAAACUGGACCCAGGCAAGGCGGGACCAAGCUCACCAUCAUUGGUGAGAAUCUGGGCCUGAAGUUCCGAGAUAUCCAAUCGGGUGUUAGAGUGGGGAAGGUUCCCUGCAACCCAAUUGAAUCAGAGUACAUCAGUGCCGAACAGAUUGUGUGCGAGGUCGGAGAUGCCACUGGGUACAGAGCACAGGAAGUACAUGUGGAAGUGUGUGUGAGAGACUGCAGCCAAGAUUACAAGGCCAUCUCGCCUAAACCAUUCACCUUUGUGACCCCCAGUUUCUACCGUGUAAACCCCCCAAGAGGUCCCUUGUCUGGAGGGACCCAGAUUACGAUUGAGGGGAACCAUCUCAAUGCAGGCAGCACCAUCACAGCUAACAUUGGGCUUCACUCCUGCAGAUUUGUGAGGAGAAAUGCCAAAGAGAUUGUGUGUGUGACCCCUGCUGGACAGAUCCCAGGUGGGGCCCCAGUUAUGGUGAAUAUCAACUGGGCCGAGCUGAGAAACCCAGAGGUCAAAUACAACUACACAGACGACCCGACCAUCUUGAGAAUAGAGCCUGAGUGGAGCAUCGCCAGUGGUGGGACUUCUUUGACCAUAACAGGCACCAACUUGGCCACCAUUAAGGAACCAAAGAUUCGAGCCAAGUACGGCACUGCCGAAUCCUUCAAUAACUGCACUGUGUACAAUGACACCACCAUGGUUUGUUACGCUCCUUCUGUCGCUGAAACUGAAAAAAUGAUCCCGGACAGCGGAGAGCGGCCGGAUGAGAUUGGGUUCAUCAUGGACAAUGUGCAGUCUGUGCUCGUCGUCAAUGGAACCGGGUUCAACUUCUUCCCAAACCCGGUCUUUGAGCAACUCAGCCCCUCUGGCACCCUAGAGCUCAAACCAAGCUCUCCCAUCAUACUCAAGGGACGGAACUUGAUCCCGGCUGCCCCCGGCAACUCCCGCCUGAAUUACACUGUCUUUAUUGGAGAAACCCCCUGCGUUCCCACAGUAUCAGAGACACAGCUGCUCUGUGAAUGGCCUAACCUUACCGGCCAGCACAAAGUCACCAUUAAAGCUGGUGGUUUCGAGUUUUCUCCGGGAACGCUGCAGAUCUACUCCGACAGCCUACUGACUCUUCCAGCCAUCAUCGGGAUCGGUGGAGGCGGAGGCUUGCUGCUGCUCAUCAUCAUCGUCGUCCUCAUCGCCUACAAGCGGAAGUCCCGCGACGCCGACCGUACCCUGAAACGCCUGCAACUGCAGAUGGACAACCUGGAGUCCAGAGUGGCUCUGGAGUGCAAGGAAGCUUUUGCGGAGCUUCAGACAGAUAUCCACGAGCUGACGAAUGACUUGGACGGCUCUGGCAUUCCCUUCCUGGAUUACCGGACCUAUGCCAUGAGAGUGCUGUUCCCAGGGAUUGAAGAUCAUCCAGUUCUUAAAGAGAUGGAGGUCCAGGCCAACGUUGAGAAAGCGCUGACGCUGUUUGGGCAGCUGUUGAACAAGAAGCACUUUCUCCUGACCUUCAUCAGGACCCUGGAGGCCCAGCGCAGCUUCUCUAUGCGGGACCGCGGCAACGUGGCAUCGCUCAUCAUGACGGCACUGCAGGGCGAGAUGGAGUAUGCCACUGGAGUCCUCAAACAGCUCCUCUCAGACCUCAUUGAAAAGAACCUGGAGAGCAAGAACCACCCCAAGCUGCUUCUCAGAAGGACAGAGUCUGUUGCAGAGAAGAUGCUGACAAAUUGGUUUACGUUCCUGCUCUACAAGUUUUUGAAGGAGUGUGCCGGAGAGCCUCUGUUCAUGCUGUACUGUGCCAUCAAGCAGCAGAUGGAGAAGGGACCAAUAGAUUCCAUCACAGGCGAAGCCCGGUAUUCCCUGAGUGAGGACAAGCUGAUACGCCAGCAAAUCGACUACAAGACCCUGACUCUCCACUGCUUGAAUCCAGAGAAUGAAAAUGCCACAGAAGUCACUGUGAAGGGUCUAAACUGCGACACCGUCACCCAAGUGAAGGAAAAGUUGCUGGACGCUGUAUACAAAGGGAUGCCCUACUCACAGAGACCCAAAGCAGGGGACAUGGAUCUUGCAGAGUGGCGGCAGGGCCGGAUGGCAAGGAUAAUCCUGCAGGAUGAGGACGUGACCACCAAGAUCGACAACGACUGGAAGAGACUUAACACCCUGGCACACUACCAGGUGACUGAUGGGUCUCUAAUUGCUCUGGUACCUAAGCAGAACUCUGCGUACAACAUCUCCAACUCCUCUACCUUCACCAAAUCACUCAGCAGAUACGAGAGCAUGCUCCGCACAGCCAGCAGCCCAGACAGCCUGCGGUCACGUACUCCCAUGAUCACACCCGACCUGGAAAGCGGUACCAAGCUCUGGCACCUGGUGAAGAACCACGACCACUCGGACCAGCGAGAGGGCGACCGCGGCAGCAAGAUGGUCUCUGAGAUAUACCUGACGCGGUUACUCGCAACAAAGGGUACAUUACAGAAGUUUGUGGAUGACCUCUUCGAGACGAUAUUCAGCACCGCACACCGUGGCAGUGCUCUUCCACUAGCCAUUAAGUACAUGUUCGACUUCUUGGACGAACAAGCAGACAAACACCAGAUUAGUGACUCUGAUGUCCGGCAUACAUGGAAGAGUAACUGCCUACCUCUACGUUUCUGGGUGAAUGUGAUCAAGAACCCCCAGUUUGUGUUUGACAUCCACAAGAACAGUAUUACAGAUGCCUGCCUCUCAGUGGUGGCUCAAACCUUCAUGGACUCCUGCUCCACGUCUGAGCACAAGCUAGGCAAGGACUCUCCCUCCAACAAGCUUCUGUACGCAAAAGACAUUCCAAACUACAAAAACUGGGUAGAGAGGUACUAUUCAGAUAUCUCUAGAAUGUCAGUAAUCAGCGACCAGGACAUGAGCGCCUACCUGGCGGAACAGUCCAGGCUCCACCUUAGUCAGUUCAACAGCAUGAGUGCUCUGCAUGAGAUCUACAACUACAUUGUCAAGUACAAAGAAGAGAUACUGUCUGCCUUGGAAACAGACGAACAAGCCAGACGGCAGAGACUGAGGAGUAAGCUGGAGCAGGUGAUUGACACCAUGGCUCUUGGCAGCUGAAGCUCCACAGACAUUGGACUGAAAGGAGAGUUUUUCUGAACUAAAAACUGAGGGGGGGGGGGGGGGACUGAAGCAGUGCAUUGUGGAACCCGCAGGACUGGGCAUGCGUAGCCUGUCUCAAUUAAAAAACGUUUUGAGACAUUUUGGGAAAAAAAACAGACUAACUUACUAUGGACAAACAUAAACAUUGAAGAAUCAAGAGAGAGAGGAAAGGAACAGAGGAGCAACAGAUGUGUGGCUUUAGGAGCAGUUCGUCUGAUCAUGUGAUGCUGUCACAUGACAAAGCCUGGAUGAGACUUUUGUUAACCUCAAGGACUUUUCUUUUUAAAUGUACUUGACUGCCGUGACUCUCGCUGCCUCCUGCCACCAGUGUUACCGCUACAUUUGCACAAUUUACAAGAAUUAAAAAAAAAAAAAAAAAAAAAAAAAAAA